CUACGGAAUACUAUAUCCAUAUUUUGCAAACCCUUGUAUUAAAUUCAAAAGGUCUGUAGUGGAGCGGUAUCAGGUCGAGCAUAUCGUAUAUACUGCAAAUCCCAGCUUAAUUUUUAAGUAUCUUGAGUUAGUUGAUACAAUGCUCAUCUUUAAUGCAAAUACAGUGCUCAGCUUUCGCUUUUUAAGUUUCCGAAUACCAAUACACAGUGGAAUUAACUUGCAUAGUUGAAAAUGUGCGUUAUUGUGAAUUGGCGAUUGGAUUUUGGGGGUUUGGAAGGUUAAGGGCAGCUCAAAUGGCGUGAACGGCUGGUUUUAGGGAGGUUUGGGCAUCGAAUCUCGCCCGCCCCCCAUGCGACGAGCUUUUCAAGCCUUCAUUUGUACAAUUUGGUGCAGAAUUCGCUGUUAUCUUUCUUGGGUUGAUGCCGUUGGCAGGGUUUUAUCUGAUUAAGUUGCAAACCACUAUAAUCUGUUCAUUUCAAACUGUUAUAUUCAAGGAGAUACUUGUGUCAGCACAUCCUCCACUGUUGUAUGGCUUAAAAAUUUGGUGCUGCUCUGCUGCUUCUACAGAGGUUCUGGUUGACAACAGGGUGGUUUAUUAUUUGCAAUUAAACCGUGUGAAUUUCAUUUAGAAGAUUGUUUUGGGCAAUUCUCCUUUGGCAGUUACGUUUUUACAUAUUCUCUGGGGCGGUUCUUGAUAUUACAUCUUCAAACCCUCUUUGGGCAAUUCUCCUUUGGCAUGUUCUAUUCUGAAAAGUUCACUUGGGAAAUUCUCCUUUGGCACUUUCUAUGUUGAAAGGGUUGCUUUGGGCAAUUCUCCUUUGGCAUGUUCUAUUUCAGUAAGCUUGCUUUGGGCAAUUCUCCUUUGGCAAGUUCUUAAAAUCAGAAGGAUUUGCUGGGCAAUUCUCCUUUGGCAGCAGGUUUUAGAUUGAAGAUUGGUUUUGGCAAUUUGCCUAGGCAGGUCUUCUCUCUAAGCUUAAGACGUGAGGUUUGUUUAGGGCAAUUCUCCUUUGGCAUUUAGUCUUCAAAGAUUUUCUCGGGGAGCUUAUCUUUGAAAUUACUUUCAUCAUUGUUUGCUGAGGUCCAGCAUAAUUUGGAUGUAACUGUAAUAACCAAUUUGGACAGAACUGCAUAUUUGGAUCUACAAACCAGUGUGCAGAAAGCUCUGUAACAUUGCCACUGGAUUUGAUUUUUAAUGCUAAAAGGAUACUACUUGCUGUAGACGUGUUUGAGAAGACACUCCAAAGUUCUGAACAAUAGGACCUGGUAGGCAUGGUGAUGGGAAUUUCAGGUUAUUUAGAACUUGAAAGCAGCAGCAGUGAUAGUGAAGAUCAAGAUGAGAGUGAAUCUAUAUUUGAAGGCCAUGCGCAAGUAAUCUGGACAAGUCUGGCUGAAACAAUUGAGAAGAUUGAUGACAUUUUAGUAGUUGACAGGGCAUUUCUUCAUGGCGAUAUUGUUGCAUCUGUGUCAGAUCCAUCAGGGCAGACAGGUACAAUAGUAAAUGUUGACCUUACAGUUGAUUUGAAAGCGGCUGGUGGAGAAAUCAUAAGAAAUAUUAAUAGCAAAAAACUUGUCAGAGUAUGUGCCUUUGCAGUGGGAGAUUAUGUUAUAUAUGGGCCUUGGUUGGGCAGGGUUGAGGGGGUAGAUCAAAAUGUAACAGUCCUUUUCAAUGACAAUGCAAAGUGCAAGAUAAGAAGGGCAGACCAUGAGUGUCUUAUCCCAGUUUCACAGAAUCUUCUAGAAGAGGGGUAUUAUCCUUAUUUUCCAGGUCAGCACAUACGUGCCAGUUCAUCAGCAGUAUUCAAGAAUGCUCGAUGGUUACAAGGAAGAUGGAAAGCAGGCCGCAUGGAAGGUAUUAUAAGUGAUGUUGAUGUGGGAUAUGUACAUGUCAAAUGGAUUGCAUCGGCCAUGCCAGGCUGUGGUUCCCAGUCAAUAACCAUCCCUGCAGAGCAACAGAACCCUAAGAAAUUGACACUCUUGUCCUGUUUCUCACAUGUUAAUUGGCAACUUGGUGACUGGUGCCUUCUCACUACAAAAGGAGAGUUAUCAGGUUCAGUCUCUUCUAGCGUGGAGUCAAGUGUAGACACAGAAACCAAUGUGGAGUUGGAUUGCUUGAAAUUUGAUUUGGGAAGAACUACUGAUGAUAUUCUAAAUCGCAACAAAACCAACAGAAGUCCCAUGAAGCACAAUAGUAAAGUGCACAAAAAGGGAGAUGUUAUUGAACAGGCACUAUUUGUAGUGAACACAAAGACAAAGGUGGAUGUGGUUUGGCAGGAUGGCACUCAUUCAUUUUGUUUAGAUUCACGGACCUUGUUUCCUGUUGAUAAUCUUGGAGAUCAUGAUUUCUGGCCUGAGCAAUAUGUGCAGGAAAAGGGUCAGGAUGAGGAUGGAGUGGCUUCUAAUUCCAGACAAAUAGGAGUUGUGAAAAGUGUAGAUUCAAAGGAACGAACAGUAAGGGUAAAAUGGCUAAAGCCUAUGCAGCAUCCAGAAGAUCCUCAUGAAUUUGACAAGGAGGAAGUGGUAAGUGUCUAUGAGCUCACCGAACAUCCAGAUUACAGCUACUGUAUUGGGGACAUUGUCAUUCUUCUGCCAUCUGUUCGAGAGAGAUUCAUAAGAUCUGGUAUUGUCAACCAUUUCGGUCAGCAAAAUGAAUGCCAGAACAAUUUAGAGCCUGAGAAGAAUGGCCUAUCACUAGAACCAAAUUUUGGGGAAAGAGGUUUAACAAAGAUGACGAGUCUUAGAGGAGAUGGUUGCGUUGGGGAAUCAUACCUGUCCUUUAUUGGAUAUAUUAUUGGUCUUCAAGACGGCGACAUUGAAGUUGCAUGGGCAGAUGGGAUGGUAUCGAAGGUUGGACCACAAGCUAUUAUUGUUGUUUCCAGAGAUGAGGAUAUGGAUUCAACUCAGAGUAGCUCUGAGGAGGAUGACUAUGAAGAGGGUACCGAGGACAGUGAAGACAAUGCAGCUGAUUUGGGAACUAAUGAUUCCGAUGAAGUGUACAUGAAUAAGAAAGAAUGGCCGGUUGAGGAAGCUUCUUCAGCCCAGAUUGAUACACAUGGAUAUCAUGGUAUUGCAAAUAGGCAACAGGAAGUUAAUGCAGAAGAAAGAUUAAACCAAAACAAUGGUGGUGUUGUUUCAAUUUCUCAGACUGCAUUUGAAUUUGUUGCAAAGCUUGCUAGGGGCUUGCUUGGAUUCCAAGGAUCAAAUGUGCUUUUAAACAUGGCAAGUACUCAAGGUGAACCUUCCCAGAAACAUAUACUCAAUAGCACUGAACUGGGCAUUUGGCAAAAGCAGGAGCUCAUAAGAGGUUCGGAGUAUCAUCUGUCAGAGUCUGUUUCCAUGAAUGCUGGGGAUGGAUUGAACACUAUAUAUGGUUCAGCAGUUUUGCUAGGAGGGAUUGAGGAAGCAGAAAUACAGGCUUCAAAAGAUGAAUUAGAAGACACUCAUAGUAGAAUUGAAGAUCAAGGCUGGAAUUUCAGAAAGGGUGUCACUGAUUCAGAAAAGUUGACAAUCCAUACUGUUGAAAAGCAGAAAAAAGAGGAAGAUUAUUUGUCUAAUGUUUCUGCCCUUGGCAACAAUGAAUUUGGACACUUCAAACAGUUUGACAGUGUUACAGAUCCCAAUGACCAUUUCUUCUUUGAUAAAACCAGCCAGUCUAGCAGCCAGCGUCAAUGGAUAAAGAAAGUACAACAAGAAUGGGCUAUCCUAGAAAACAAUUUACCUGAUUCUAUUUAUGUUCGAGUUUAUGAAGACCGAAUGGACUUACUUCGGGCUGCAAUCACUGGAGCAGUUGGCACUCCAUAUCAAGAUGGCCUUUUUUUCUUUGAUAUUCAUCUUCCAAAUGAAUACCCUCGUGUACCACCUUCAGUACACUAUCAUUCUGGUGGCCUCCGACUAAAUCCCAAUCUUUAUGAAAAUGGGAAGAUCUGCCUUAGUCUUCUAAACACAUGGACAGGAAGAGGGACUGAAGUUUGGGACCCUAAGAAUUCAAGCAUUCUUCAAGUCCUUGUUUCCCUUCAAAGUCUUGUAUUGAAUGCAAAGCCAUACUUUAAUGAGGCAGGAUACGACAAACAGAUUGGUAGAGCUGAAGCAGAGAAAAACUCUCUUGCAUAUAAUGAAAAUGCUUUCCUUCUGUCAUGCAAAUCAAUGUUAUACCUACUGCGUAAACCACCGAAGCAUUUUGAAUCAUUUGUUAGAGAGCACUUUUGCAAACGUGGUCGUUAUAUACUUGGUGCCUGUAAUGCGUAUAUGAAGGGUACUCAAGUUGGAUUUCUUUCAGGCAAGGCAGUGAUGCCACUACAUGCUAAGACUGUUUCUCAAUGCAACAGUUCAAAUGGUUUCAAGAUUAUGUUGGAUAAGCUUAUUCCCAAACUUGUCUCAGCCUUAAGUGAAGUUGGAGCAGAUUAUGAGGAAUGUCUGCAGGUCAAUGUCUAAGUAAUUGCGCGUGUGGAUAAUCUAUGAAUUGGUUUUCUUUUUGUCAGACUGGUAUUGUGGAUGCUGCCGUGUUUGUCUUAUAAAUGCCUUAGACAAAUGGAACGUUCCUGUGCUUAAUUAAACUGUUCUAUUGAAGUUUGUUGUAAUUAUAAUCAGGGUGUGGUAUAUCUGCACAUCUACAAAUCUGCAAGUGAUAUUAUGGAGUGCAUAGUAAUUGUAUUUGUAUUAUGGAUACUUUUGUGUUUAUGCUUCUUAUAAUACUUUGGAUGGAUGGAAGAAGCUGCCUGUGCGUUAUUAAAAUAUUCUAUUGAAUUGUGGCAUAUCUGCACUUUUCCCAAACCGGCAAAUGAUAUUACAGAACAAAGUGAUAGUAAUUGUAUCAUAUCGUACCAUGUAGAAAAUAAAUAUAUUGAAAUUUGUUGUA